UCGUCCCUUCCACUGUGAUGGCUGUGACUCUCAUUAGGAGAGUCUCUCUGCUUCCCCUUCCCGCCAAAUUCCGAACGCCGGCUCCGAAAACGGCGACGUUUUCCGAAUUUGAAAUUCCGGUGUCUUUUUCAUUCACUUUCCUCAGUCACUAUUUUUCGUCUGCUCUCCGUUUACACCCGUGUUACUAUGGCGACCAACAACUCCACUACAGCUACGAUUCUGACUCCUUUUUCGCGUCUCUGAUUGAUGGUUCGACCCAAAAGAGCCACUUGGGUCAAAUCCACGCCCAGUUACUUGUAUUGGGGCUGCAAGACAGUGGCUUUCUAAUCACCAAAUUGGUGAAUGCAAGCUCGAAUCUUGGGUUUGUAGCAUAUGCCCGUCGGGUGUUUGAUGAAUUUACUGACCCGGAUGUGUUUUUGUGGAACGCAAUCAUUAGGUGUUAUUCUAGGCACAUUGUGUUUGUUGAUGCUUUAGAAAUGUAUGCUAGGAUGCAAGCAAUGGGUGUCAGUCCAGAUGGUUUUACUUUUCCUCAUGUGCUUAAAGCUUGUAGUGGCUUGCCGGACCUUGAAAUGGGUCGCCGGGUUCAUGGACAGGUACUCAGGCAUGGGUUUGAAUCAGACGCGUUUGUGCAGAAUGGUCUUGUGGCUUUGUAUGCCAAAUGUGGCCGAAUAGAGCGUGCUAGGGCUGUGUUUGAUUGUUUAGGUGAGAGGACGAUUGUUUCGUGGACUUCGAUCAUUUCGGGGUAUGCCCAGAAUGGCCAGCCUUUGGAAGCUUUGAGGAUCUUUGGCCUUAUGAGAAAAUUGAAUGUGAAACUAGAUUGGAUCGUUCUAGUUAGUGUUCUCAAAGCUUAUACUGAUGUAGAGGACUUGGGACAGGGGACAUCAGUUCAUGGUUGCUUAAUUAAGAUGGGUCUUGAAUUUGAACCGGACUUGCUCAUUGCACUCACAGCCAUGUAUGCAAAAAGUGGACAGGUGAUGGCAGCCAGAUCAUUUUUUGAUAAGAUGGAAACACCAAAUUUAAUAUUGUGGAAUGCUAUGAUUUCUGGGUAUGCGAAGAAUAGUUAUGCUGAGGAAGCUGUAGAGCUAUUCCGUGAGAUGAUCAGUAAAAGUAUAAGGCCAGAUUCAAUCACCAUGAGGUCUGCUAUCUUAGCAUGCGCCCAGAUGGGUUCUGUUGGCUUAGCAAGAUGGAUGGAUGAUUAUAUCAGUAAAACUGAGUACAUAAAUCAUGUUUUUGUUAACACAGCCCUGAUUGAUAUGUAUGCAAAAUGUGGAAGUGUAGAUUAUGCUCGGAUGGUUUUUGAUAGAACACCUAAUAAAGAUGUUGUUGUCUGGAGUGCGAUGAUUGUGGGCUAUGGAUUACAUGGCCGAGGACGAGAAGCCAUUGAUCUUUACCAUUCUAUGCAGCAGGCUGGGGUGCCGCCGAAUGAUGUGACCUUCCUAGGGCUCCUCACUGCAUGCAACCACUCAGGCCUUGUGGAAGAGGGAUGGGACCUUUUCCACAGCAUGAAACACUACAGGAUUGAGCCUGGCAACCAACAUUAUUCAUGUGUGGUUGAUCUUCUUGGACGUGCAGGCCACUUGGAUCAGGCUUACGAUUUUAUCAUGAAAAUGCCAAUUGAACCUGGCAUAAGUGUGUGGGGAGCACUUCUGAGUUCAUCCAAGAUUUAUCGUCGCGUGACUUUAGGAGAAUAUGCUGCAGAACAGCUUUUCUCAUUGGAUCCAUAUAAUACAGGACAUUAUGUUCAACUCUCAAAUCUCUAUGCUUCAGCCCGUUUAUGGGACCGUGUCGCAAAGGUACGAGUACUGAUGAGGGAGAAAGGACUGACUAAGGACCUUGGACAUAGCUUGAUUGAGAUCAAUGGGAAGCUUCAGGCAUUCCAUGUGGGAGACAAGUCUCAUCCAAGAUCUAAGGAAAUCUAUGAAGAGCUUGAGAGUCUAGAGAGGAGGUUGAAGGAGGCUGGAUUUAUCCCACAUACAGAAUCUGUUCUGCAUGACUUGAACCAGGAAGAGACAGAGGAGACACUUUGUAAUCACAGUGAGAGGCUGGCAAUUGCUUAUGGUCUCAUUAGCUCUGCUCCUGGGACUACACUUCGGAUAACCAAAAAUCUUCGAGCCUGUGUAAACUGUCAUUCAGCAACCAAGCUAAUAUCUAAGCUUGUCAACAGGGAGAUAGUUGUUAGGGAUGCGAAGCGUUUCCAUCAUUUCAAGGAUGGGCGUUGUUCCUGUGGAGAUUAUUGGUGAAAGAAAGGGAAGGCAAGCAGUAAAUUUCUUUUUGUGUUCUGUUUCAGCUUCACACAAGAACACAAGUUAGUUCUCCGUCCGUCUAAACCAGAAUUCGAUUCUUCGAAGUUGGAUGUCUGCCGCGGAAUCAGUUGGCCUUGUAGAACUAACACAGAUGAUCGCGUGAAGCAAUUUGCAUGGAAGCAAUGCAAAUUAAGGGGCACAUGAGGCAAUGCUCGAAAUCUUGAGCUGCAAAGAAAAUGUUAAAGGUUUUGAACAGAAUCAUAUCAACCCAAACAGAAGCUGGUUUUGGCCAACACUGGGGUAAUGGUAAAAUCGAAAGGAAGCAUAUUAAGCAAGACUGUUGUAGGGGUUGCUUGAAGUAGCUUGGUGAUGCUGUAAAUUAUCACUUCACUCGUGAGUUAUUCAUCCUUAAAUCAGUUUGGAAUAAUUGGAAACAGAAUGCAAAUAUUUUUUCACAUGGC